AUGGCGGCCUUCAGCACUACAGACGAGGCUGUCCUCACCGCUCCUCUCGAGCUUAACCCUCUCGCACAGUCGGCCACCGCUUCUUCGUCAGGCCGCUCCAUCUACCACAUUUACGACAUCGUCUCGACGGCAGCCAAGAUCCACAGCGGCCGCUUCCAGCGAGUAGCACUGCAAUUUCCCGACGAAGCAUUGAUCGACUCUGUGCCCGUAUACUGGGCGCUGAAGCGGGAGGUUCGGACACUCUACGCUGCUGACCCGGCCAACACGAACGCAGCUUCAACCUCGACUGCAGCGAACAAGAGCCUGCCGGAGUUCUACAUUCUAGCAGACACGAGCUACGGAGGAUGCUGCGUCGACGAGGUCGCUGCCAAACACGUCGAUGCGGAUCUAGUGGUGCAUUACGGACAUGCCUGUCUGUCAGCCACGGCGAGGCUGCCGGUGAUCUACGUGUUCACCAAGCAGCCGCUAGCGGACGUCUCUGCUGCUGCGAGGAGCCUGGCGGAACAGGCGAAGCAGCAGAUGUGCAAUGGCGCUGCUGAAGGAGAGGUGAAGGCGAUCGUUCUUACGUACGACGUUUCAUGGGAUCACGUCGUGGAGGACGUGUUUCAGGCUACACAACAAGCGCUGAAAGAGCAAGGCGUCGAUCUGCCGCUCGUCCGGACAUAUGUGGAUUUCAGCCGCAACUACGAUGAUAAGCUCGUCCAUGGCAGGGCAGCCGUUUCCAACCAGUCGACACAAGCAGGAUGCUGUAGGGGCAUCGAAGCGUCGUGUGCCUGUUCUGCAGAAGCGACUUCAUCAUCCUGCUGCAACGGAGGAUCGUGCCCGUCCACAGAAGCCUCCUCCUCAUGCGCAAAAGCAACAUCAACAGCUUCAACGACAAUCAACGCACCACCAGCAUCAGCGGACAUUGACAACAUUGCUGCUGACAACGCAGCGCAACCUCUCGGUCCUUCUCGAAAGGUCACCCUUCCACCCUCCACCACCUUCUCCGAAUGCCUCUACCUCUACCUCGGUCCGGAGUCUCUCUCGCUCACCAACCUCCUCCUGACCCUCGGCCCCUCGACACCACUCAUAUCGUACAACCCUCUCACCGCCUCAUCGCGUAUCGAGACAGGUUCGACCAACCGUCUUCUCAUGAAGCGCUACACCUCGGUGCUCAAAGCGCGGGACGCCUCUGUCGUCGGACUUCUCGUCGGCACUCUCGGGGUGCAUUCCUACCUCCCUUUGCUCAAGUACCUGCGUCGCCUGCUCACGGGCCCGACGAGCGGUCGCAAAGUGUACACGAUCUCGGUGGGCAAGCUCAACCCGGCGAAAUUGGCCAACUUCCAAGAGAUCGACGUAUUCGUCCUGGUUGCUUGCCCAGAGAACACCUUGGUGGACAGCAAGGAGUUCUUCAGACCGAUCGUGACGCCUUUUGAGAUGGAGCUGGCGGUGAGGGCGGCGGAGCGGAUGGAGAGGGGAGAGGAGGGCGUGGAUUGGACUGGGAGGUACGUGCUGGAUCUCGAACGGCUGGUGCCGGAAGAGGAAAGGAUGGGGCUGGAGGCGAAGCUGGAGGAACUGAAGGUCGACGAUGGCGAGAGUGGCAACGUCAAGGAGGACGAAGAGGAUGCGGACAGACCCCACUUCUCGCUCAUCAGCGGAACGUAUGUGCACAGGCGCAAGUUCAACGCGAAAACAGGCAGCACACCUCAAGGCGUUAGCGCGGAAGAAGGGACAUUGCAGAUUUCAAACCAGGCUGGAGGAGAUGGCGAUAAGGUGGUGGUUCGCAACCCAACAACGGGCCAGCUGACCACAGUGCUCGAGACAGCAUCGAUCGCACAUCUGCAGAGGCGUGGGUGGAAGGGCUUAGAGCAAAGGUUGGGCAUGGACGAGCCGAGCGAGCUAGAGGAAGGGAGAGAGGGCAUCGCCAAGGGCUAUAAGGACGCCGGUGGUGCUGGCGAGAUCAUGUAG